CAGUUCAUUGUGGGUCCUUUUAUGGAUGUGAUGUCUGAAGCUCCUCUUUCACAGGACUGCAGGACAGAGUGUAGGAGAGUGUCCUGAGCUGGGAGGCAAGCUGCAGGUCUUCAUGGUCAUUUUCAGCAGCCUGCCACAGGAGAACAGAGGUCCUGUGUUGCUGCAGCUUGUCCAGCGGCUAGGUUCUCAACACUGGUGUGCUGUCCCCAUCCUCUUCCUCUCUCGGGCCGUCCACCUUCCUCCCUGCCCUCUCCUGGGCCUGACGGCCUGCAAGCUUUCAGGGAGGUGCUCCGCUGCACUAUGAUCACCCACCAGGUGCUACUGAGAGGAGCUGCCCAGUGUUUCCUGCUCAACACUGCCUCUCCCUGACAGAUGUGACCUCAGUGACGUUGGAUGACGUGUUUAGUUUGCUGCUGCAUUUCAGAGCAGACGAGUCUCUACGUAGAGGAACACCACUCUGGAAUCAGGUACUGUGUGGGGGUGAAUGAGGAACACACUCUGGAAUCAGGUACUGUGUGGGGGUGGAAGAGGAACACCACUCUGGAAUAAGGUACUGUGUGGGGUGGAAUGAGGAACACCACUCUGGAAUCAGGUACUGUGUGGGGUGGAAUGAGGAACACCACUCUGGAAUCAGGUACUGUGUGGGGGUGAAUGAGGAAAACCACUCUGGAAUCAGUGACUGUGUGGGGGUGGAAUGAGGAACACCACUCUGGAAUCAGGUACUGUGUGGGGUGGAAUGAGGAACACCACUCUGGAAUCAGGUACGUGUGGGGGUGGAAUGAGGAACACCACUCUGGAAUCAGGUACGUGUGGGGGUGGAAUGAGGAACACCACUCUGGAAUCAGGUACUGUGUGGGGGUGGAAUGAGGGAAGAGCUCUGAUCUUUUCAACAGUUUUUUAAAUAUGUAUUGUAUUUCCAUCAGUUGUCCCUUGUGUUUCUGUGUCUCCUCACUAGCUGUGUGACUGGCUGGCUGACAGUGAAGAGCUCAGGCCCUGUGUCAGAGAACAGCUGAUGGUCACCACAGUACCAGUACUUCUCCAGAGAGAGAGACUGUGAGAGGCUACGUCCAACACCAGAUGGAGUUCUUCCUCAGAGUCCCGGCUAGCUCAGACCAGAUAGACAGUGUCCCAGACCCAGGAGAGGCGGAGCUGCUAGCCAAGGCCAUCCUACUGUGUGUUGACAUAGAGGGGAGGACUCAGAGGAGGUCUGGAGGAGAGGAGACUACUGGUGUCAGCGGUGGGAUGGACUCGCUUUUACGCCCCCUACUGGACACACUGAGCAGGCUCCACACUAAUGUCUACCUGCCGCUACGCAAGACUGACAAGAGCCUGCAGCUGCUGCUACGAUUACUGCAGCUCACACCAGCCAGACAUACCCCUGCUGCAGUAGAGAAAGAACAAGAGGACAGUGUGACGGUCUCCAUGGAGACGCUGGUUCUGGGCGUGGUGGAGCCCAUUCAGGAGUUCAUCCUCCGAAGACUGAGUGGAGAACUACAGGAGCUAUGUGAUAUAGAGCGUGCUGAGCUCUACCUGUCAGUGCUGAAGGAGGUGGUGCUGAUGUACAGUGUGUUAGAGUGGAACCACUCCAAGGUACAGGAGGCCUAUUUCCCCAGACUCCUCAGAUACGUCCUGAGGACCCUAGAAGCUGACCAGAUCCCCUCUGUGGCGGGUCAGGUGUCCAGGGCGGUUGCCAUGGCGUCGUUGGCCAUGACCUGUGAGGUUGCAGCGCUGGGAGUGUUCAACCUCCAAUCAGAGACCCGGAGGCUACUGGUCCAUCUGUCUAGCUACUUCUACCCCCUGCUCCACCCCCAGCCCCUCCUCUCUCUCUGGUCCACUUCAACCAGCGCCUGGUGAAACCCCAACUGCAGAUCCGUCAACCGGUGUUUCGGAGCAGGGUCCUCUCCUCAAGGACUGGGGCCGUAUGGCAGCUCAUUUCAUCCGGGACCAGUGGACGUGCCUGGGCUACGGGAGGAGAAUAGGCCCACCCGGGCCCCUGGAGCUCCCCAGGGCAUCAGGGUCCCUCCAGGCUGCUAUAGAGGCUCUGUCUCUGUUACCCAGUGGCCUGGUACUGCCUGUACUGGACUUCAUGGCCUCMAUGUUGCCACAGGUGGCGCUGUCUGAGGAGGCCCUGUGUGUAGAGGCUGUGACUGUCUCCUGGAAGCUGGUGCUGGGACUGAGCAGUAACCCUCAUGACUUCUGGCCCACCCUGCAGGGCUUUGUGACCAUGGUCUUUCACCACAGCCUGCUGGAGUUAACAGAGCAGCAGGCACCUGGGCUCACUGCUACUCUACAA